CUGCUUAUGGAAAUUAGCAAGGAAUAAGGUCAUGUUUAAAAAUAUACAGAUAGUAGCGUUCAGAAGUCUGAGACCGCAUGAAAAUAUGGAAUUCAAACUCUAUUUAAAAUCUAAUUGAACAAAGUUUUAGGAUUUUGAGACAUUUAAAACAAAACAAAAAAAGUUGUGUGAUUAAAUGAAUGUGAAAUAUUUAAUAUUCUGCACUAUUUCUAGUCACAAAUUAAUACAGGCACGUUUUUUAAUUUAAUUUUACCUUUAUUUUACCAAGAAGUCCCUUCAGAUUAGAUCUAGUUUUCGAGGGAGACCUGGCCAAGAAAGCACACCAUUACAAAGUAACAAAAUUAUAAAAAUCAAGCAUGACAAAAACAGACAUAGGACAAAAAUGUAAACAAAGGACUACAAAUACAUAAUACAAAAUCCAGUUUAUGAAUAGCAAUUGCACUCUUCAGUCACACAGUUUUUUUUAUCAAAGUUUUGAACUCUUUCAAGGAGACAAAAUUGACCAUGUUAACACCUUUGUACAGUCAGAUUUUCUUCUACUGAAGCACACACGAUCAUCAGGUUGCGUCCAUCCCAACUUGAGUGCAUGCUGUCAUUAAAGAGAAAGGAAGACAUACCAAAUAGUAAUACAUUCAGAAUGUAUUAAAUGAGACGAAUGCUAAUUGGAAGCACUAGUUGUCUCAUAUUUUUAGACUGUACUUAUACCAUGUAUGUUGGAGCAUGCAUUGACAGCUUCAUUGUGGUUCAGUAUGUGUGUUUUGAUGGUCCAGAAAGGCUAGGUUGAAUGACAUCUGACCAUGAAGCGGUUGUUUGUUGGUGGUCUUGGACACACGGUAUCUGAGAAGGACCUCAAAGACAGAUUUGGAAAAUUUGGAGAUGUAUCAGAUGUGGAAAUCACCACGAGGAAGGAUGAACAUGGAGCUCCUCUGAAGACGUUUGGUUACAUCAAUAUAAACAUCACAGACGCUGAAUACAAAAGAUGUAUAAAUGUCUUGAAUAAAUCCACAUGGAAAGGUGGAACUUUGCUCAUUCAGUUGGCAAAGGAAAGUUUUCUUCAUCGACUUGCUGAAGAACGACAGCAAAUAGCUGAGAAGGCUAAAACUCCAACAAUCAACCAUCAGGAGAAAUUAGUAGAGUCUCUCAAAGAGGCGGGCAUUGAAAAGUUUCAUAUGAAAGCUGCGGUUCCAGGAACUGAAAUUCCUGGACACAAAGAUUGGGUUGUUAGUAAAUUUGGGAGGGUUCUUCCUGUUCUCAACCUCAAAUGUGAAAAAAAGAACAAGAUCUUCAAGUAUGAUCCAUCCAAAUACUGCCACAACAUCAAGAGACUGGAGACUGCGGAUGACCUCAUGUCAGUCACCAAGCUAACAUGGGAAGUGUCUGGCGGUGAUGAUGAAAUCAGUAAGAAAAGAAGAGGAGAGUUUCCCAAACAGAAACCUUGUCUGAAAAGAUCUAAAGUAGAUGCAAGUUCGUUCCUUAGCAGUUUCACACAGAACAAUGGACUUAAAACGGCAUCUGCCAUUGAAAACAAAAAUGCAACAGUGAUCAAAGAAAGCAGACUCAGUGCAGAAGUACAGCGAAGGCCUGUUGUCAAAAAAUCUAUUUGCGUGUUUGACAGUGACGUUGACUCUGAAGACGAAGUCAGGAUGUUGGUUGCUCAAGAACAAUCGAGAAAACCAAAACAAGCCUCCAUAGACGAGGAUGACGAUAACCUUGAGGUGGUAGGAGAUGAUUUUGACGUUAAGCCUUGUGUUGUCUGGUGCAAUGCUGAACAAGAUGGUGUAAAGACCCUAGUUACUUCAGCAAAGGAUGAUGAAGAAUAUGACUCUGCAGACACCGAUGAGAUACUCACCCAGCGUAAGACCCUUAGUGGGAUGGGAAAACCUCAUGAAGUUGAACCUGCACCAGCAGGUCAAGAAUCUCCAAAAGAAUCCAUAAAAAACAAAGGGAACUCCAAUGCAAAUCCAGUUAGCUCUUCGUCAGAGUCUAACAGUGGUAGUGACGAGGCAUUCAAAGACGACAGCAUAGAUUCCAAUUAUGAAGCCAUGAUGGGGAACUGCUACCAGUUAGAACUUUCUCUAGCAGACUUGGAACAGCUAGCUAAGAACGCAAAAGCGACCUCAGAUGAUGAAAAUGAGGUUGCACCCAAAGAAGAACCCAAGACCCCAAGUGUACCACCCAAAAAACGAGGCAAUAAUCCAGAGGAUAUUCUAGCUGCACUCCUUGGGGAUAAUACUCCUGAUAAAGAAAGAAAGAAGAAAAAAAACAAGGUGACCACCGCAUCCCUUCCUGCUUUCAUUGGAACAAAGGAUCUCUUUGGAGGCCCAACUCCUGGUCCGUCAGAACCCAUCCUGAAAAGAGCAGGUCAGACUUUAGACGGUGACUCAACAGUGGGUCCUAAAAGACUCAAACAAGACCUGAAAUUGUCAAAACAAAGUAUCUCAGGAGACAAAAGCCAACAGAAGUCAUCAAAAUGUCCACAUCAGAAGGAAUUGUCCACUUCAGCGAGUGUACAGCUUCCCCAAAGUGCAAAUAAAGUUGAGGACAAAAUGUCCAGCUCUGACUCUUCAUCAGAAGACAAUUCUUCUAGUGAAGAAUCAAAGUGCAUUGAGGAAGCUGAUGACAAUGCUGAUGUCUUCACCCUCAAAAUGGCUUCUGCGACACAAACAUUGAGGACGGACUCUGUCCAUGAAACCAAUCCGACCUUGUCCAAGCCUUUACCAAAAUUCGACCAUCCAGUCCGCAGCACUGUUGAAGAAUCAUCUAGUGAUGAUGAUGAACGCACAAAGAAAAAGACUGUUGGCGCUAAUAACUCAAACACUCAAGUCAAUCAAGAACCUAAGACGACAAAGUCUUCCGGAUCCUCUAGUAGUGGUUCUUCUAGUGAGGAAUCGGAGACUAGUGAUGAAGAUGUGGUGGAGAACACCAGAACUCAGCUGAAGGUAUCCAAGUCUGCCGAUUCAAAGAAAGUUGAGUCGCAUCCCACAGUUCUUCACCCAAUGGUUUCAGACGUUCAGAAACAGCUACAGGACAACCAAAAACGUCUUGCUGCUUUAGAGCAAAGGCAGAAAGAGACCGAACAGCAGAAGAAACUGAUCCAAGGAGCUCUUUCCAAUGUGGACACAGUGAACACAAACAGAGGCAAACACAUUGUGUUUGAUUCUGAUGAAGAAAAUGAUGAAACUUCAAACAAACUGGAGGAACCAACAGCAACCCAGAAAAAAAGCCUAUUUGAGGAGGAUUCAUCUGAUGAAGAUCAACAAACAGCCUCGUCUAAAGAAGUCUCACAAGAAAAGAAGAACAAAAAGUCAGGUGGCAGCAAGCUGUUUGACAGCAGUGAUGAUGAAGACGACGGGGAUGAGGAAGAUCGCUUUCAGAUUAAACCCCAGUUUGAGGGCAAAGCUGGACAGAAGCUCAUGGAAAUGCAAGCUAGAUUCGGAACUGAUUCAAGAUUCCACAUGGAUUCUAGAUUCCUACAAAGUGAUGAUGAGAAAGAAGAUGAAGAUGGAACGGCUCCAGUGAAAGAUGCAGAGGAAGAACUUGUCGAGGAGAAAAAUAAAAAUAUGGAUAUCUUGCAGAGCAUCUUAAACACCAGCAUACAACCAAAAUAUGCCAGAAAAGAAUCUGCGAAGAGCAAGAUCUUCAAAGAUGUUUCAGCCUUGCAUUAUGACCCAACACGAGAGGAACACACAGCUUUUGAGAUCAAGACAGAACAACCAAAGAAAGAAAGCAAAGCAGCAAGGCGCAAGAAACGUGAAGAGGUUGCGAAACUUCCUGAAGUUUCUAAGGAGAUUUAUUUUGAAGUGUCGAUGGAUUUGAAGGAGGUGUUCGGGGCAACACAAGAAAAGCAGGAUGAGAAGGAAACUGUUUCUUGGGAUAAAGAGACUGAAAAUAAAACGACAGAAGAUGACACACCUAUGGAUCUCUCCUCCACUCCUAAUGUAGAAAACCAUGAAGAUUCAUCUGGUGUAUUCAAAUUCGCCUUCUUUGGGGAGGAUGCAGUUACAGAGACAACCACCAAGACAGAUGAGUACAAAAUAGAGUUGUUAAAAGAGGCCAAGUUUUCUUGGCAAGUGGAUCCUCGUUUCCAGGACAGCAGUUCGGACGAAGAGGGUGUUGACGAGGUUGAGGAGGACCAAUCAGCUUCCAGCAAAACCACAGAGGAACCCACACCAUCAAAAAAGAAGUUUUUCUUUUUCUUUCAAGAUGAUGAACGAUUAAAACAGGGGCCUGGAAUGUUUUAUAGAAGCGCUAAACUAGAACAGCGAGAAGCCUGGGAGAAGAAGAGAAUGUCACUCAGAGAGGAGUGUCGGAAGAAACACAGAGAUGCAAAAAGACGCCAGAGGUCAUCACAGAAAACCUGAAUUUCAAACUGUUCAAAGUAUUCCAUUUAAAGGAUUAGUUCACCCAAAAAUGAAAAUUCAGUCUCCAUUUACUCACCCCUGUGUCGUUAUAACCCCAUCUGACUUUCUUUCUUUUUCUUUACACAAAGGGAGAAAUUGUGAAGAAAUGUUGCUCAGUGAUGUCAUACAAUGGCAGUUUAUGGUGACGACCUCUUCAAGCUUCAAAAGGACACAGAAGUCUAAUAAAUUAUUCCACGA